ACACGAGCCUCACGAUGGGCCACCGAGCUCAGCUAAAUAUUCCAAAACAAAUCAAAUACCCAUUGUUUAUAUCUCUGAUUCUCCACGGAUUCGCAGCUUUAUACUGCCUGCGACAACCACAAUGACACCAACAGUAUCGACACCGACCCGGGAACAAUCUACGGCAAGUCAUGAGCCAGGGUCACGGUCAUUGGAAGGGAGGAACAGGAUCGCAAACGUCAUCCAGCUGAUUGAUCCUUACUCUCCAGCUAUCACCCGCUCACCAGCUCCGAGUAGCAGGACAGGCAGUCCCGCGUUCGUCUAUUCUCCGUCAAAACGAUUCAAGAGACUGCGCGCUGAGAAACAAGCAAAGACACGAAAACACUCAGCUCUGUCGAAGUUGGCUUCUUCCCUAAAGAAUACACAAAUACCUGCAAGAUCGCUUUCUCUGUUUGAUAGUGAUGGCUCUAUCAGACCACACAUCAUAGCCGCUCAAGGCAGACACCCCGCAUACACCCCUUACAGCAGAGACGCUCUCAUCUCCAGACUUUCUACAUUCUCACAAGCGCGCGACAACUGGCGCUACGACCCAUCAGAGCCGGCAACAGCGUCUCUGAUAUGGGCACGGGCAGGUUGGCAAUGCAGCGUUGGGCAGGAAUACACAGUCUAUUGCCCGUUGUGCAAAACAACGUACUGCUUAGAUCUGAGUACGAUCAGGAACGACAAGGCGAGACCGGCUUCAGAAAUGACGAGGUCAAGACGAGAACACACGGAAAGCUGUCUCUGGCGCCGUCGAGUCUGUGAUGAAAACUUGUACGGCCUGAAGCUCUCACUUGAUUUACGUAAAUCACAGAGAGAGUUUCUAAAGAGAUUGAAAGACGCAUUUCAAUUAUCCGCGUUUGACUAUGUGGAAGUACCAGCCACGUUUCCCGAGGUUGAUACAAAAAUCGUUGAGCACUAUCUAUCAGCCGCGGGCAUUCAUAGCCUCGACAUGGCUUUAGGAUCAAAACAUAGGGCGUUCUUUCUAGCUUUAGUCGGAUGGAACGUGAGCAGAAAGGAUGGGACUACGAUCUCAUGUGCCGAUUGUUUUGCCGAACGUACGAUUCGAAACGAAGGCGAUGGAGUUACAUUCGAUGUCAUAGACGCGCACUACGAUUAUUGCCCGUGGAUCCGGCCGAUUGUCGGGUCAGAUCCCGGGUGGCAGCUUCUUCUGGCUAUACUAAUAGCCAGCGCCAGAAUAACAGCCCAAGAGCCAACAGACGGCAGUCAGUCGGAGACCUGGGAGACCGACAUCGACGAGACAGCUGAAGAUGAGCAGGAUAGGGAGCGCAAAGCGCGAGUGGAAAAACUUCGGAAACUCUACGUUUACAGACCGAAGACGAGUGGGAAACGGUAGUCACGGCAAAUU